AUGGAGGUUGGCGAAAAGAACAUCUUUAUAAAGUACAAAACUCGACUGGAGAAGAAUCUCUUAUCCUCAGUGAGUCUCUUACUCCUGAUUUGUCAAAUUUUCUGUGCUGCGCCUGUGAAUAUUGACUUCUACACUAAAAGGGUGGCUCAAGUGAAGAGUUUUGCACAAUUUGGAGGAUUUUACGGAUUCCUGAAAUUCUUCAUCCAUUCAAUCUGGAGCUUCACUGUAUUGGGAUGUAUUAUAACUUCAACAUAUUACCAGAAUAUGGAGUUUGAUCACGACAUGGAAGUUAUUCAGAAAGCGCUUUAUAUGGGAGAGUAUGUAUUUGGGACAAUCAAUGUUAUCAUCAUAAUUCUAGGAUGUCAGUGGCAGAGAUCUCAGUACGGAUACCAUUUAAAAUGUAUUGUCGAUCUAACAAUGAGACUGCAGCGCUUUGGAUUUACGCCCAGAUUUGAAGAGACAAAAAUCUUCUUCCGACGUUGGCUUCUCAUCUUUGGCGUGUUCUUCCUCAUUGUGGGCUUCAUUGAUCUCCUGUAUAACCAACUCGUGGCUAAGAGUUUUUUCCGCAGCUCGACAGUCUACACAAUUCCCAACGUGAUCAGUUGCAUGGCGAUCUUGCAAUUGGUGGGAAUUCUCUUCAUACACCGCUCUAUGCUAAGACACAUCAAUGAUCACCUCAUGGAUCUCGAUGGUAUUUCACCAGUCACUCCGUCUAGUGUAAUCUUCGUCCAAGAAGCCAUCGAGACGAUUGAAUCUCUGCGAAAAGUUCAUCGAGAUCUUGCAAGAACGGCCGAAAUGGCGAUAAGAAACUUUAGCAUUCUGAUUCUCACCACGCUAACGGCGUGUUUCCUCAUCCUCAGCAUUCAGCUUUUCGCUCUGUAUCAGAUGUUUGAAAACUACGCUAGAACCAAUUUCUUCCUGCUAACUUACACCGUCCUAUGGAUUUUUCUGCAUGGCGGGAAGAUAGUCAUGAUCGUGUACUUCAGUUGCAGCUUCACGAGGGAAAAGCAUAGAACUGGACAGGUGCUUUAUCACAUGGAGAUUCGCCGGCAGUUUCAGUCUGAUUCCCUACAGAACACCGUCAGCAAGUUCUCAAUGCAAAUCAUCCACGAGCCAAAGAAUUUAUCAGCCUGCGGGAUCAUCGAUCUGGACCUAAGUCUUCUCAAUACGAUUGUUGGCUCCUUGACGACUUACUUAGUGAUCCUGAUUCAGUUCGAUGUAUCCGCUCGCCAAAUGAAGAACUGCAACGUUGCUGAGAAGAAUGAAAAGGUCUCAAGUUGA